AUGUCAAACCUCACAGAAGAGAAAAUAAAAGUACAUUCAAGCCAACAUUCAUCCAUUGAUGAUAAUUAUUCCCAAAUUGCACCAGGACUGAACAGUCAUGUUGGGAAGAAAUCUUUCAAGGAUAGAUUUAGGUUCAUUCAUUCAUCCAUUGAUGAUAAUUGUUCCCAAAUUGCACCAGGACUGAACAGUCAUGGUGGGAAGAAAUCUUUCAAGGAUAGAUUUAGGUUCAUUCCUGAUACAUCAGACCAUCCGCCUCAAGUUUUUAAUAAAACAUUAUACUUUUCUAUUUUCCUAUUUGGUCUCUUUGGUGCUGCUCGUGGUAUAGACGAAGGUAACAUUUCGGGAAAUCUUUCAAAUCCAUCAUUUAUAGCUAGAUUUGGUUUAAAUAAUCCGCAAAAAACGAAGGAUGAAUUGGCCAAUUUGAAAUCAAAUAUUACGUCAAUGGUUCAGCUAGGUGCUAUAGGCGGUGCCAUAAUCUCAAUGAAAUCGGUAGACUUUUUAGGACGUGUUCGUGCAUUACAGUUUGUUUGUAUAAUUUGGAUUGUUGGUGUUAUAAUUCAAAUUUCUUCAUCGUCUGUGGGUCAAUUAUACGCCGGUAGAUUGAUUGAAGGGCUAGCAGUUGGUCAAACUGCAGCAAUUGGACCAAUUUAUAUGUCGGAAGUUGCUCCAAGUCCCAUUCGGGGUUUGGCUAAUUGUAUAUUUGCAGGAGCUGUUUAUUUAGGAAUAAUGAUGGGGUAUUUUGUCAAUUAUGGAAGUGUUUUACAUAUCCCUGCAACUAAUAACUCUGAUGGUGGAAUAAAUGAUAAGCAAUGGAGGGUUACCUUGUCUGUGAAAUUGAUUAUGUCUGGUUUGAUUUUCAUUUUAUCUUUUUUCAUAACAGUUGAAAGUCCAAGGUGGUUAUUGAAAUGCGGUAAAACUCAAGACGCAGUUGCAAAAUUAUCCAAGUUGAGACAUUUACCAAACGAUCACCCUUAUAUUAUUGCUGAGAUUAGUGAUAUCAAUGAGCAAGUUAUGGUUGAAAAAGAAGCAACCAAAAAUUCAAGCUUAUUAAACAACUUUAAACAAAUGUUUACAAAUAAAAGUAUUGCUUAUAGGUUUGUUUUCAUUGCUGGUGCAACACAAGUGUUGGGACAAUGGAGUGGUGCCAAUGCGGUGACAAUAUAUGCUUCCGAGCUUUUUUCUCUUGUUGGAAUAAAAGGUAUUGAUAAAUUGAAGAUGUCUGCUGUUUUAGGCGUUGUUAAGUUUGUAUCAGCUUACCUCGCGGCUUUCUUUAUUAUUGAUAUUUUGGGUAGGAAGAGAUCUUUAUACAUUGGAAUACUUGGCCAGAUGUGCUGUUUACUAUACUAUGCCAUCUUUUUAACUGUUGUUCCUCAAGCAGCAAAUGAAGGUGCUGUGAUUACAGGAUCAGCAAAACGUGCAAGCACUGGUGCUUUGGCUGCUAUAUUCCUCAGCGGUACAUUUUGGACUGUUGGUUUUAACUCGAUUCAAUAUUUGAUUGGUGCUGAAAUCUUCCCUUUGGGUAUCCGGUCAUUUGCACAAUCAAUGGUUAUGAUUUUACAUUUUGCUAAUCAGUAUGGUAAUUCAAAAGCCUUACCCAAAAUGAUGAUUGCUUUAAAUCCAUACGGAGCGUUUUACUUUUUCGUUGGUGUUUUAGCAUUGGCAUUAGUUUGGAGUUUCUUCUUGCCUGAAUUAAAAGGUAGAAGUUUAGAGUCGAUUGAGGAAGUGUUUACUUUGCCUUGGUACAAUUUAAGACGUUGUAAUAAAUUGGUUCCCGAUCACUCACAGAUUCAUAAGAUUAGAUAUACUACUAGCAGAGGAAACACGGGAUUCGAUCAUAUUCAAUAUGACAUGGAAAAGUGUAAACCAAGUGUUGAAUAUGUUGACGAUCUAAUGAGAAGUCGCAACUCGGAUGGUGACGGAGAGGAUAAAGAAGAUGAGAAGAAAAUAUAG